ACAGGACAUCCAGUGUAGCUUAGCAAUCACAGAACAGCAACUGUCUGAUUAUGGAGCGACGAUAUAAUAAAAAGGCAGACUACCACAUGUUCAGUCUGUGCGCGUGCGUAGAGUUAUUGUUCUACAGUUGAGUCAUUUAAAGUACGAGGAAUUCGCAGUCUUGUGUAUUAUUUACUACUGCUCGUUUAUGAGGCACUGCUGUCAGUUUGGAACGUGUUGUUACAGCAACGUAUUGGAUUUGCGACACCACAGCAAAUUAGGACAAUAGGGACGAAUGAAUUCUGUGUCAGGUAACAGUCGAAAAACUGGCCUUCUGCAUUUUAAUGUGCGCGGGAGUGUCUGGACUUGACUGGACUGGUAGAGUGUUUCAGCUUGGCGCAGGCAGAUUCAUAAAGUGUUACUGAGACAGCCGGGUUACCCAUUACCCCUGCUGUGACCACCACAACCCGUCUCUUGUUAUAUAUUUUACGUAGUAUUAAAGGACCUUUUAUUAAUAUGCCUAAUAUCCAUCAAGUAGGGAUAGUAGCAGGAGCAGCUACUGCUGCUGUCGUUGCAUAUGGAAUAUGGAGAUACAUGGGGUCACCAAAGCAGGUCCCGGACGAUCAGGCUGGUGUACUGAACGUAAAACAGCCUGCAGAGAAAGCGAGUGUAACCAAGGACUGUGCAUCAGCGGAGGAGAUUAGGCAGCAGUUUUUAUCUCAACACUUUGCAGCCCCCACCCCGCAGGCGUCUCCGGAAACACAAAAGGCGAAAACCCAUACUAACAAGGUCCUUGUACUGGGCCUCAGCGGUGCUGGGAAGACUAGCAUUUUACACGGUCUUACAACAAACAAGGUUGUUCGCAACACAAGUCCCACAGAAGGCCUUAAUGCAGUGUGUCUUAACACAAAUCAUUGCAAAGUGGAUUUUUUAGAAAUUGGUGGCAGUGAGAAUCUUCGUGUCCACUGGAAAAAGUACUUGCCUCAAGCGAUACUGUUGGUUUAUGUAGUGGAUGCAGCUGAUCAUCAGAAUUUCAAGCUUGCCAGAACAUGCCUGCAUGACUUGAUUCAGGAACACUCCAAACUUCCUGUUUUUGUAUUAGCCCAUAAGCAGGACAUUGCUGGAGCAGUUGGAGUGGCUGACCUUCUUGAUGUCCUUAACUUGCCUGAAGUAGGCAGAGAGAGAAAACUUUAUAUUGUUGGGACUGGUAUAGCAGAUGAUGGGAUAGAAAUUGGAAGCAGCUUGGAGGAUAUACGAGAAAUGGUUACUCAGCUGGUGUUUGAAACUAACUGAAUCAUUUUUGUGUUGGUAAAUUAAAUACAACAUUGACUGGGCAGCUGUGAUAAAGCAAGGCAUUCCCUUUCAGAGUGUUUUGAUUUUUGCUGGCUUUAAGAGCAAAGCUUGAGUCCAUUAUGAGUCAGAAACCAUAAGAAAGGAAAUUAAAUGGAUUUAUCUCUCUUGUUGUGAACACUGCUGAUUUAUAAUAUAUUGUGGAGAUCCACACUAUUUAGAAAAAAAAAAGUAUUUGAAAGCA